AUGAGAGACACUAGACGCACCGGCCUCAACAUAGCCUUUAUCUACGAUCCAAAGGAUUACUAUGAAUCCAUAGGAUUUUCCAAGAGCGAAUGCGCCGAUCUAGCGGACGAUGUGACCAUCAACGGCGUAGCAUCAGCCCUCGAGAGUCUCGGCCACCGCGUGGUCCAUGUUCCCGGGAUCAAGACGCUUGUCAAGCAUCUCUCAGCAGAGCAUCACAAGCAAUGGGACCUCGUCUUCAACUACAGUGAGGGCGUGUUCGGCUCCGCUCGGGAGUCGCAGGUCCCCGCCCUACUAGAGGCCUAUCAGAUCCCUUUUACCUUUUCCGACGCUGCGACGCUCGCAACGGGGAUCGAUAAGGGAAAGACCAAGAUGCUAUUAGAACACUAUCGAAUCCCAACGAGCCCAUUCGUCAUCAUCCCCCGAUCCGGCGAACACGUGGACUACGCCGCGCUAGAAGACCAAAUACCGUAUCCGCUCUUCGCGAAGCCAAUCGCCGCAUCCACAUCCAACGGCAUAUCACCGUCGAACAAAAUCCUCCGAAAAGAAGAUCUCCAAGACGUCGUCGAGGACCUCCGCGCCCAGUUCAAAGACCAAGAAAUCCUCCUCGAGAAAUUCCUAGACGGCCGUGAAUUCACCGUAGCCAUCCUGGGAACCGGCGAACAAGCCCAAGUACUAGGUGUCUCCGAGGUGACAUGGUACAACCCUGCGGGAAGAAAAAGCGACGACCUCUCCGUCGACUUCGCGACGAGUUUCUCCAAGGAGGGCAGGGGUGACGGGUAUGACAUGGGUCAUGCCCAUGCGGACCUGGCGGAUCCGCUGGUCAAAGUGGUCGCCGAGAUCGGAUUCUCCGCGUAUCAGGCGCUCGGUUGUAAAGAUGCAGGUCGGGUCGAUAUCCGCCUGGAUGGCGCCGUGCCAUAUGUCAUCGAGGUGAAUCCGAUCUUCGGACUACGACCAGAUUACUCCCUGUUCACUUGGAUCGCGAAAAACAACGGAAUGGAAUACCAGGACAUCAUCGCCGAGAUCGUCGACAAUGCUCUACUGAGGCAGAAACCGGUGAUGGUGCCGAAUGGUUUGAAGAAUUGA